AUGGUGUUUACAAGAGGAUCCAACUUAGUAGGUCCUGAGAACAGAGACGAGAGAGGAGCUUAUGAAGAGCUUGAAGACAGAGUCAAAAAAUACAUGAAGAUGCCUGAUGACGAAUGGAAAGAACUUUAUGAUAGGAUGUACCAUGACAGGAAAUAUCCAGGCCAAAACCACCUUAAAUUGGCAUUGGUUUCUUCUGUAGGCUAUGCCGGGUUUAUGGCAACUUUUUCUUAUACUAUCUAUUUAAGAAGACAUGCUUUCUUUAAGUAUCCUUUAAAUCCAGUAAUGUUGGUGGCCAUCCCUGUAUUUGGAAUGCUAGCUCUUAAAAAUUUUGAUGUUGCAAGUGAUAUCAUAAGAUACAGAAAAAGGUACCCAGAGAUGUACCAGGGAUAA